CAAGAAGAGUAGAGAUGAGGAGAGAGGGAGUGAAAUAUCUAGGUUGCUUGUGAGCCAAAGUAAGACCAAGAUUUAGCAUUUAACAAUUUGGUAUUGAGGUUGAACUUGGUACCAGACAAAAUCCCCGGGGCCUGUUACAUGUUAAACCCGGCUUGCAUCGCCUGAACUGAAAGCACCGGCAAGAGAAGCCAAAUUAUAUGUGUCAAGUGCUAACCGUUAGUUGCCAGGCUAGCUAGCAUAGCCAUUUAAGCAAUGGCGUUGAAAAGAAUUCAAAAGGAACUAACAGACCUGCAGAGGGACCCACCUGCACAGUGUUCUGCCGGACCAGUUGGAGAUGACUUGUUUCAUUGGCAAGCAACAAUAAUGGGUCCAAGUGACAGCCCUUAUCAAGGUGGAGUGUUUUUCCUCACCAUUCACUUCCCCACAGAUUAUCCCUUCAAGCCACCAAAAGUUGCUUUCACAACAAAAAUUUACCACCCUAACAUCAACAGCAAUGGAAGUAUUUGUCUGGAUAUAUUGAGGUCACAGUGGUCACCUGCACUUACAGUAUCAAAAGUUCUAUUGUCUAUCUGCUCUCUUCUUUGUGAUCCAAACCCGGAUGACCCACUGGUACCAGAGAUUGCCCAUACAUACAAAGCUGACAGGGAAAAGUACAACAGACUAGCAAGAGAUUGGACACAGAAGUAUGCAAUGUGAGAAUGCCAGUGAGAUCAAAAUACAAAUAAAGAGAAGCAAAGAAACACGUUUGAUAUUUCACGCAAGGCAAAUGAGCAAACGAGGAAAAUUAACUACACAACACCCCAUCUUUUGGAGAAGGAAGCGAUACAAUGAGGUACAGUGCCACCUGGCUUUCCAUGUGCUGAGCUGCUGCCAUGUGCUAUCCUUCGUGACUUGUAUGGAUCUGCUGAGCAGGACCUGACGGACUCCUGAAAGCACUCCCAUAUGGAAUACUGGAACCUCUUCACAGUUCAUACCGCCACACUCAGACUUUUAACUGUUACUUCUGCUAUUGUGAUUAUUACUAUCAGUGUUACUCUUCAUACUCUUAUCAUUAGCACUGUUGAUAUAAGUCAUAUCAUUGUGUUACUCAAAAGCAAAAUGUCCGGUUGAUUUAGGGGAUUCAUUUCUCCUACAUUUCAAAGGUACUGUCUGUGUCCCACUGGAUGUCUUGUGUUACUGUAUUUCCAUGUAUUCAGUGGCCUUUCUGUGUUGUUAUUGUUUUUAAGCGGUAGAUGUGCAAUUGAGGCAGAAUGUUCCCUGUUCAGCACAAAAUGGUGCGUGGCCAUUACCAGCAGUUGAUCUGUUGUUCGCAACAGGUCCAGAAACUGGUCAACACAUACUGUCUCUACCCCGAAACAAUGUGAAAGAAGUAAAGAAGGAUUGGUUUUUAUCACUCACUGCAUUUGGAAAUGCAACAGUAUUCACUGAUUCUGAAGAUACUGGAUAGCUGCUACAGCAGCUAGCUGCCCCUUGUUGCUUGGUAGGCAGAAAGCAAUGGGGAAUGCCCCCAACCAGUUUUCUCACCCAUGUUGUCAUUGCACCUUGAUAUCUUUCAGUGUCCAUCCAUGGCUGGUGUCAUAACACACAAAAUCCUACUGUUGUAUGACGUGCAUCUUUGUAUAGCUAUGAACAUAGCUAUUCGUUGGCAUGCAGCUGAGCUGUGUGUCACCUCCUCAAUACAGUUACUCAGGUAUCUAGCCAAAUCAUCAGCCUUUGAAAGGGAACAGCAUUGACCCAUGGUGAGAAAAUUGACCAGGGCCCAUAUCAUCAAACUUCUAAAAAUAGUACUGAUCUAGGUGUACUGGUCAGUUUACAUGACAAUAUAACCCAUGCUAUGCCUGAAGAGGCAAAUUGAUCAGUGUCAGAUCAGCACUGCUAAGGUUCUUGAUGCAUAUAGGCCCGAUGUCCUGUGUUGCACAACAAUAUGCUGUCCCAGAAGUACUGUCAUUUUCUCAGAGGGAGCUUCUCUCACUCUGUCCAGCUUUUUGUCACUACCACAGUUUCCUUUCUUUUUGAACACUUGGAUGUGAAUGUUGAAAACAGCUUUUAAUUAUGCUGUUGAUAAACAUGUACAUGCUACUGUUUUUUUUUUUUUUCUUCACAUGAAAAAGCCUUUGAUUGUGGCUAGUGUCAUUUAUAUUCAAGAUGGGGACUUCAGCAGACUUGACAUUUUGCAGACCUUUAAAGUCGUGCACAUUUAGUUACUUGAGGUUAAGAUUUCUUUUCAUUUGUGGAUCUUUGUUGUAUGUGCCCCAUGGUUUUUACAGUAAUGACUUGCCAAGGCAAGUUCAUCUACUAUAAAUUUCAGAUCAUGUGAAGCUUUGUUCUCUUUGGAUCAGCUUUUAUUUGUGUUUCUAUAUUACUCACCAUUGAUUCUGCAAAAAAAUACUUUAAUAAUUAAUAAUUUACACUGACAGUAAGACAGUUUGCCUAACAGGUGAUAUAUUUGUGACCUUUAAUUUAUAUAAUUUCUUUGCAAGCUUUAGUUUUAGGCUAUUUUUUUCAUGUCACCAUGAAUGAACAUGAUUGUGAUAUAUCAAAAUGUAAUCAGUUUUAAAGUAAUCCAGUACGGCAUUAACUAGGUAGGACAUGUCCUGAUUUUUUUUUUUUUUUUUUUUUUAAUCAGAGUAGCCUAAAACUUUUGUGAUGCUGCCAGUAUAAAGGGAUUUUGUCCAAAAGGGGAAGAAAAUUUGAUUUGUAAUAAAAUAUUGGAUUCACCCCAAAACGUUCACUGUAAAAUAUAAAAAGUGAGAAUCUGAUGGUAGGAUUAACACCAUGGAUUGGGCACCAAAUAUGGUUUUUCGUCAUCAUUAACAACUAUAGGGAAACCUGUCAAACCUAUUCUGAAUUCUACAUCCUGAAAUACAUUAUAUAUUGAAAGGCAACAUAUGACAACAUAUCCUCUCUGAAUGCAGUGAGAAUCCUUUGGCUGCCAGACCAUAAUUGAAAAAGGCUUGUGUGUAAUACUAGUAGUCCAACCUUAGCUUGCAUUGUUCAGUUGUUGUUUGUUUGUUUGUUUGUUUGGCUAUUUAUUUAUUUAUUUUAAAGCCGAGUAUCUUCCAAUUGUACGACUGAGUGCAGCCUCUAUCCAUCAUGUUCCUCUUUGACAGACAGCCUGGUGUGAGUGAUGCUAACUAGAUGACUUCCUCUGUCCAGUGUGCUCUCAGUAGAGUUUAUAUAGGCAGCUUAGCAUGCUUUGCACUCUGGAGAACCUCCUCACAGCCAUUUGCCAGAUAUCAGGGAUUUCGUUACAAUUCAUCUGCCUAACACCUCUAACGAAAAUCUUAGCCUUAACCCUCAUUUUGUAUAUAGAUAAAGAGAACAUGUCAUGAAAUAUACAUUUGCUAUCAGGGCUGUUUCCCCCCCUAAUGGGUUCAUUUCACCAGUAGACAUGCAAGUUGGUAAAGACUACUUACAUAGUACCACUAAUGUUUAAACCAUUGAGCCUGGCUGAAAUGCAGGACCAGCCUUCUAACAUCAGUAAUGCAUCUUGAAUUUGGAAACUGAAGUGCUAGAUCUGUCACCAUGAAGAACCAACCCCCCCCACCCCCCACCCCCCCUUGCAUACACAAAAUAACCAUUGACUUUGUCGAAACAAAUGAAUAAAGCUCAUUUUGUUUUA